UCAUUCAUUCUCUCUUCGAUUAUCGAUAAUCGACUGUUUUAAUAUCGACUGUCUGCAUCCUCUCAUAACGCACGCGGGUGCAACAGCUGGACAUGACAGUUUGUUGCUUGAUAGUUGCUUGAAGUUUAUUAAACAAAAGUUUAAGAAGCAAAUUAUAUAUUUUAGAGAUUGUACUUAUUUUAUUAAUCAUGGAUUAUAAGGAUGAGCAACGCAAUGAGAUCGAAGCCUUGGAAUCAAUUUAUUGUGGGGAAUUGGAAAUUUUAGUGACAGAACCAUUUUAUACGUUUGCUAUUCCGAUUAAAACGGAAGAAUACGAAACAGAAACUGAUAAUGGUCUCAGUUGUCGGUUAGAAUUUACAUAUACAUCAAAGUAUCCAGAUGAACCGCUGCUUAUAUCAAUCACGGAGCAGGAAAAUUUUGAGGAUGGUGAUGAGAAAUUAAAGGCACAUCUGGUGGAACAAAUGAAUGAGAAUCUUGGUAUGGUAAUGGUAUUUACAUUAGUUAGCGCAGCUCAAGAAUGGCUUAAUGUACAGUGGGACAAAAUAAAAGUGAGGAGAGAAGAGACUGCUGCAAAAAAACAGAGAGAGGAAGAGGAAGCAGAGAGGAAACGGUUUGAGGGAACUCGUGUAACUGUGGAAUCUUUCCUGAGCUGGAAGGAGAAGUUUGACGAGGAAAUGGGUUAUACGAAACGAAAAGAAUUAGCAGAGCGUGAGGGAAAGAAAUUAACAGGAAGAGAAUUGUUUAUGACUGAUAAAACAUUGGAUCAAUCAGAUCUUAAAUUCUUAGAUGACGGUGAUGCCGUAAAAGUAGAUGAGAGUUUGUUCCAAAAUCUAGAUGACUUAGAUCUAGAAGAUGAUGAUGAAGAUGACCCAGACUUUGAUCCAAAUAUCUCGGAUGAUAGUGCCUAAAUGGUUUUAAUUCGGUAGUCACUAAUGUGAACUGAUAUGUAGAAUAACUUAUGAAAAAAUUUACUAAAUUAUUACAAGAAGAAAGCAAAUAAAAAUAUAUAUUUGAAAAUAUAUUUUAAGUACUAGAAUUUCUCUUGUGAGCUGAAUAUUACAUCUAGUAAAAAAUGGCAGUAAUAAAUGAAAACCGUUGGUUGAGACCAAUAACAUAUUUCUUCAACCAAUAUUUCACUGACAGAUAAAAUUCAUAAAACUGAAAAUAUUUAAAGAACGAAAUAAUUUUUAUACUUAUAUAUAUAUAUGAAUUUUGUUUAUAAACUUUGUUUAUUAAA